GUCCAGCGCGAUUCGGUAGCGCAAUCUUCUUCCAACAUCGCGGUUCGGGUUUUCCACGGGAUGUGUUCACAUUUCAUGCACAAUAAAUUUCUGCCACUCCCAGCUUUUCUCGUCACAUCCAUUUCCCCUUCAGCUUUCACUGCUACUACCACUCCCCCAGCUAGACUCCCAGCGUGCAUUCUAACGCCUGCUGCGCAAUCUCCAGCUCACAGCACAAAGGCUUACAUUUGUGCUCCGAUUCCCUCUGCUGUUCGGGCUUCUGGAUAAAACCGUUCGGCACAACAAGCCUGUGCGCGUCCCUCUAUUUGGAGCAAAGCCACAGAAAGUUGACUCGGGCCGAGCAUGGCUGUCAGCAUGGGAGCGCGCGUGAUGUCCCUCGUCCUCCUCAUUCACCUGACGAUCUCGUCAACGGCAGCUCAGCCCAGCCUCGUUCCACCAAUCAGCGGAGUCGGUGACCCUGCAGCUCUGGCGGGAAACGCGGCCAGCUCGGCGCAAUCCGCGAUCGGCGGCGCCACCAGCGCGGCUCAGAACGUGGUUGGCUCCGCAACCACCGCCGCGCAGGGCGCAGCCAGCAACCUCGUGAGAGCCGCUGGGGGCGCGCUCGGAGCAGCUCAGAGCACUGUUGGAGGGGCGCUCAACACCCUUCAGGGCACCGCUGGGGGCGCGCUGGGGGCAGCACAGGGAAUCGUUGGAGGGGCUCUGAACGCCGCUCAGAACACCGCUGCGGGUGCCAUUGGUGCUGCGCAGGGCGCUGCUGCGGGCGCGCUGGGAGCAGCUCAGGGCGUUGUUGGAGGGGCCCUCAAUACUGCUCAGGACACCGCUGGAAGCGCUCUGGGUGCUGUGCAGGGCGUUGUGCAGGACCCACUUGGCGCUGCGCAGAGGACUGCUCGGGGGGCAGUGGGUGCAGCUCAGAGCACCGUGGGGGGCGUUGUGAACGCUGUUCAGAACACUGCUAGCGGCGCAAUUGGUGCUGUUCAGAGCACCGCAGGGGGCGCUCUGGGAGCGAUUCAAGGCACAGUGAGCGGGCUGGCGAAUGCUCUGACUGGUACCGCUCAGCAGCUCGCUACCACCGGCCCCGUUAACACCAUAAGAGGCGCGGUGGGUACCGCUGCAACCAACAUUGGGAGCGCUCUGAACGGGCCUGCAGGUGCGAUCCAGGGGGCUGCAGGCGCUGCUGCUAGCAACGUUGCGAGUUCAUUGAGGGGGCCGGCUACAACGCUUGUGGGUGCCUUGAGUGGGCCUGCUGGGGCGGUGCAGGGGGUGUUGGCCCGCCAGGGAGGCAUUCUGAGCCGUCCGAUCGAAACCAUCCAAGGAGCAGUUGCUGGCGUUGCUGGCGGCGUGCAGAGCACAGUCGGCAACGUUGCUGGGGGCGUGCAGGGUACUUUGGGCAACGUUGCUGGAAGCGUGGCGAACGUGGCGAGUGCAGUGGGAGGGACGCUCUCCGGUGCUGCGAGUGGCGUGCAAGGGGUAGUCCAGGGGACAGCAAGCGGCGUGCAGGGCGCAGUGCAAGGCACGCUGAAUGGUGCGCAAGGGGCGGUUCAAGCGGCGGCAACUGGUGCACAGGGAGCAGUGCAGAGUGCAGUGAGCGGCGCAGGUGCGGGUGCUGGCGCUGCUCAGCUCCCUGUUGCUACGGUGCCUGUGGCUGCACGGUCUGCAGCAGAGAGUGAGCCUGGGAGGAGGCUGCAGGAUGCGCCGGCAGCAGCAGGCGGCACUGGAUCAACCACCACAGUCAGCAACGGCCCCACCCCCACUUCCACCAUCCCCACUUCCACCGUCCCCACUUCCACCGUCCCCACUUCCACCGUCCCCACUUCCACCACCUCCACCACACCCACCUCCACCCCCACCCCCACCCCCACCCCCACCCCACCCCCACCCCCACCCCCACCCCCACCAUCCCCACCAUCACCACCCCCACCACCACUCCUACCACCGCUGCUGCUGGUUCCGGUCCCCUGGGGCCCGUGCAGCAGGCGCUCUCAGGCGCAGCGUCCGCCGUUCAGGGCACUGUUUCUGGCGCCACCGGCUCUCUUUCCCAGGCCACCACCGGGGUUCAGUCACUCGCUGGGUCUGCCGCCCAGCAGAUCGCCUCUGCCGCCCAGUCUCUCCCAGGAGCCGUCGAGGGCGCAGUGCAGGCUCUCCCUGGGACCAUCCAAGGCACGCUCCUGUCUAGCCCGGGCUCACUCCAGAACGCAGCACAGUCAGUGGCCAGGACAGUAUCAGGAGGCGCCAGCAGCAUCCAGGGCGGUGCUGCUAACAUCGCGAGCACGCUUCAGGAGGCAGUGGGUAAUGUAGCCGAUGGCGUGCAGGGGGCUCUCAGCAACCCUCAGAGGACGCUAGGCGGCGCUGUUGGAAACAUCCAGGGGGGUGUUGCUAACCUUGCGAGCACUCUUCAAGGGGCAGUGGGCAAUGUGGUUGGGCCGGUGGCAGGCACGCUCUCCGGUGCUGCUACCGGUGCUCAGACUGCCCUCUCCGGACCUCUGUCUGCCGCCCAGCAAGCCUUAUCCGGACCGUUGGGAGCAGUGCAAGGGGUGGCAGCAGGGGUUCUGAGGGGCGUGCAGGGGGCGGUUGCCGUCCCUGCUGGGGCGAUUCAGGGCGCGGCGAGUGGCGCCCAAGGGGCGCUGUCAGGGCCUCUCGCGGCCGUGCAGGGCGCAGCAGCAGGUGCACUGAGAGGCAUUCAAGGGGCGGUUUCCGUCCCUGCUGGGGCCAUUCAGGGCGCGGCGACUGGCGUGCAGGGAGCAGUGCAAGGGGCAGUGAGCGGGGCGCAGGGAACAGUGUCUCUCCCCACAGCUGCUACGCAGCUUCCUGACACCGCCGCUGAGAGCGCUGCUGGCGCUGCUGCUGCUCAGCUACCUGCUGCUACGGUCCCUGUGGCAGCACGCUCUGCAGCGGAGAGUGAGCCCGGGAGGAGGCUGCAGGACGCGCCAACGGCAGGAAGCAGGGGCCCCAUCCCCACAACAACCACUCCCACUCCCACUCCCACUCCCACUGCUGCUGCUGGUUCCAGUCCCCUGGGCCCCGUGCAGCAGGCGCUCUCGGGAGCAGGCUCCGCCGUUCAGGGCACACUUUCCAGCGCCACUAUGACUCUCGCUGGCGCCACUACGACUCUCGCUGGCGCCACUAGCGGCAUCCAGGGCGCCCUCACCAGCGGAACAGGCAACCUGCAGGCCCUUGCUGGGUCCGCCGCCCAGCAGAUCGCCUCUGCCGCCCAGUCCCUCCCAGGAACCGUCCAGGGCGCCGUCCAGUCCAUCCCAGGCACUUUCCAGGGAGCAGCACAGGCGGUGUCUCGCACAGUGCAGGGCGCGGCAGGGUCGGCGCAGUCAGCAGGGGGAGCUGCAGUGGGCGCAGCAGCAGGGACUUUAAACCGAGUGGGGGACGCGCUCACCCUCCCCCUGCGCCAAGCAGUGGGGGCAGUGGCGCAACCACUAGUAGGGGCGGCACAGGUGGUGGCCCUGCCUCUGGGGAACGCAGUAGCUAGCGCCCUGCAGCCGGCUGUGAGUGCUCUGGGCGCGGGGAUUGCAGGGGCUGGGGGCGCGGUGCAAGCGGCAGGAGGAGCAUUGGGAGGAGUUGUGCAGGGCGUUGGCAGCACGGUGGUAGCAGGGGUGCAGAGCGCAGGGGCCGCAGCAGGGGGAGGGGUGCAGAGCCUAGGGAGGAACGUGCAGGGAGCAGCAACAGGGGCGGUUGAGGCCCUUGGCAGGACGGCUAACACCCUGGGGGCAGGGCUAGGAAACGCCGCUGCAGGAAUCCAAGGGGGGGUUGGCCAGGCGCUGGGGCAAAUCACCCGGGCAGUUCAGGGCGGGCCAGGGGGGAUUGGCCAGGCGUUUGGGCAACUUACCCAGGCAAUUCAGGGCGGACCGGCGGUGCUGGGGGGUGUGCUGGGCCAGGCGCUCGACUCGGCUACUGUAGCAGCGGGAGGGGCGGCAGGGGCGGCGGGGAACACUGUGACUGUAGCGGUGGAUGCUGCUAGCGGGACGAUCCGAUACAGCAUUGAGGGGAUUGGGAAUGCAACGCAGCUGGUGUCUGCCGGGAUCUUCCAGGCCGCUGGGAAUGCUGGAGGAGCCGCCAGGACAGCAGGCUCUCAGGUAGUGAGUCUGUUCAACCGGGCCAAUCCCGUGAGCGCCCUGUCAGCGGUGGGCAACACGAUCACCGGCACAGUCGCCGCCACCCCCAGCGCCAUCGCCAGCCUGCUGCAGAACCCUGCUGGCUUCGUGCUGCAGGCCACAACCAGGGGAGGUGCUACUGGUGCCACUGGUGGGAGUGGUGGCAGUGGUGCUAAUGGGGGGGGCGGUGCCACGGAGACUCGUAUGGCGCCGCUGAGUGCUCUCGCGCCAUUCAUCCCAGCGACCAUCAGCACCACUCCUCUCCCUGCUGCUACAAGUGCCGCUCCCCUGCUGGGCGUGCGGCGACAAGAGGUAACGGUAACCCCAUCUGGAAUUUCCGCGCCCACAGCUCCAACCAACGCACCAUCCAUAUUCUCCUCUGUUGCAGCCGCCACAUCCGCACCCAACCCUGCCAGCAGCAGCACCACCAACGCUACCACACCCAACCCCUCUGCUGCUGUAUCGCCCAACCCCACCACUUGGCCUUCAACUGCCACCAUCACCACUCCCACUUCCACCCGCACUCCCUCCUCCUUCCCUUCUCUCCCCUCCUCCCUCUCCUCUUCCUUCCCCUCCUCUCUCUCCUCCUCCACCCCCUCCUCCCUCUCAUCCACUCACUCUAACCUCCCCACCAACACCCCCACCACCUUCCCCACCAGCAACCCCACCACCACCCCAGUCGCCAACCCCCUACCCACCGACACCCCUCUCCCUGGAGGCUCCUCCCAGCCUUCGUCCAGCCCUGGAAUGCUGCUGGGCGUUGCUGGUAACGCGGUAACCGAUGCCGCUCUGCAGCUGCUGCGGGGGAUCCAGGGGGCUCUGCCUGGGGCUGGGGGCUCUAGCAGCAGCAGCAGUGCUAACAGUGGUGGCACUGGCCCUCCCGGUGGUACUGGAGCAGCCUUCCCUGCAGCUUCUCAGCGUGGUUCUGGGGGAGGUGUUGACUGGACAGCUGCAUUGCCGCUCCUCCAAACCCUUCUACAGCAGGCCACAGGUGGUGGUGCCAGCCAAGGCCGGGCUGGAGGAUCAGGUUCGGGACCCCGAGGGAAUGGUGGUAAUGGUGUUAAUGGUGGAAGUGGUGGCGGUGCAGUGGUUAAUGUAGAUUUGAAUGCUUUGCUGCCUGUGGCGCAAGCUCUUAUGGGGGCGGCGACAGGGGGGCAAUCAGGAGGGAAUGGGAACCAGCUGGACCUUGGAAUGUUGAUGAAUCUGGCAGAUGCUCUUGGGGGAGCUGUGCUGGGUAAUCCAUAAGUAGUGUAAACAUGUUAAUGGUUGGUGAUGUUAGCGUAACGGCCUUCGAUUCGCAAGUAGGGUUGAAUGCUUGAUUGUAUACACCAUCGUUGAAGC